AAGCGAUCUGCUCCCGACCAGGUGGGAGAAUAUCUCUUUUCUUCGGAGGCAGUGAAUCAUAUAAAGCCAAUAAGAGAGGAGGCAGCGAAAGAGAAGGAAGAAGAAACCUUCGAAGGGAUUUUUGACUUGGCGGCGAAAAUGAAGGAGAAGAAGAAGCAGGUGGCAGAGCCCUUGGAGCUGGAAGUGAUGCAGCUACCAGAGUUAGAAGAAGAAGUUGUGUCAGAAUCCGAAGAAGAGGAAGACAGAGGCGUUUACCACAAGGAUGUGGUGACUGCCCCGCAACAAACAAAUAUGCUGCAACCCAUCGCACACCCCGUCGCUAUUGAAGGUGGGCCAGGAAAGGAGACACUUCAGAGGGCAGUUUAUGUGCAGACGCCUGAGCAGUAG